GUCAUGCCCAAUUCCAUCCACAAAAAAGUGACAUAACUGAUGCACAGACGUCCCAUACAAGCCAAGAGCCAAAAUCACCAAGCUCGGUUAGCUCUACAGGAACACUAGAUUUAGACCCCAAUGAGAAAAUUAACAAUUUUUCCCAAUCUGAAGUGGUACCAUGUGACUGUUUUGGUGACUUUGUCGAAGAAGAACUUCGUACCACAUUCUUAAAUCAGGAAGAUUUCAAUUCUGAAAAUGAAAAUGAAAAUUCAAAUUCCGACACUGAAGAUUCAGUUACCGAAACUAUUAAAGAUUCAGUCUCCGAGUCUCAGAAAUCAGAUUGGAUCGAAUCUGUUGCAAGUCUGUCUUAUAUCAGCAGUUUAAUGUAUGGUUGUCAAGAAAUGGUAAAUGAUGCAAGAACAUCAGACAUUCCUAAUGUUGAACAAUGGAUUGUAGAUGCACAGGACACUAUCAAACAGGUACAAGAAAGCUGCGGUAGAUUUCUGAAAAACACUGACAGCUUACUUAAUCAAAUCCAAACGAAGAAACCCAAAGUUAACGACGCAAGCUCUUCUAAGGUGUCUAUAGAGCAUGAUCCAGGCUUACGCGGUGAGGUCCGCGGAGAUAACCAAAAGGAGUAUCUGAUUGAACAUGGGCCUUUUCAGCCGAAGUUGUCUUGUUUCCCAGCCAAUCAAGAUAUACCUCAGGGGAAACAGAAUCGUUUUUCGCCACGAUGGUAUAACGAGCACCAACACUUAGAAUACAGUAUCAAGAAAGAGGCUGUGUUUUGUUUCGUAUGCUCGCUAUUCCACGACGCGCCCUCAAAAGAGAAGGCAGAUACAAGCUGGAUAAGUAUGGGAGUAAGAAAAUGGCACAAGAUGAAGAGUGUUGGAAAGAACAAACAAGGAAAACUGGCUCAACACUUCUCGUCGCAUUCAGGGGCGACAGCAAUGAAGAAGGCAACUUUUAUCAGUUGGUCCUAUUGGUUAGUAGACAUGUCCCAAGCCUUCGUCGGUGGAUAACUGACAAAAGGAUGAAUCCCUACCACGCCACCUAUUUGAGUCCUCAGUCGCAGAACGAGUUCAUCGCUUUGAUCAAAGCAGAACUGAGAGAAAAAGUUGUGGAAGAAGUAAAAAGUGCAGGGAUGUUUUCUGUGAUGGCAGACACAACUCCUGACGAAGAGCACACGGACAGACUUUCUGUUGUUGUUAGGUACGUCAACGACGCGGGAAAGCCAACCGAAAGGCUACUUGAUGUAAGAAAGACUGUCGAUAAGACAAGUCCCGGUCAAGCGAAAGACAUCCUAUCUACGAUAAAGCAGUGUGUGGUGGAUACCGAUGACCUACGCUUUCAAUCAUACGACUUUGCAGCCGCCAUGUCUGGUGAGUUCAAUGGUGCUCAGCAGAAACUGUCCGAAAUUGUUGGUCGUGAUAUCCCAUACAUACCAUGCCAAGCACAUCGCUGUAACACUGUGAUCGAGCAUAGUUGCAACGCGAAUGUCAUCGUCCGUGAAAUGUUUGACAUACUCCAAGCACUUUUCGUUUUCUUCACAUCGAGUACAAAACGUUUACAACCAUUGAAAGAGGAAAUAACCAAGGUUGAAAACUGUUUAAUGCUUAGAAACUUGUCCAAAACGCGAUGGAGUGCCAGAGCAGAGAGUAUCCAAGCCGUCUGGACAUCAUUUGAUGUAAUCGUGGAU